AUGUUACUCCAUAGGACUGUUGUUCUAGUGACUAUAUUAGCUCCAAUAUCCACUAUAGUUAAUGCUCUCAUUAAUCUGGAAAUUAAUGAAACCGAAGACCAUCACGUCCAUAAACAUUACAAACGUGGUGGUAGAACAUGUGCCUUCCCAUAUUACGAAGGGAUGGUAGCAGUACAGGAAUCUGGUGCAAAUGCCGGUUGGGCAAUGCAUUUCGAUCAAGCUUGUGAUCCUGGAACAUGGUGUCCUUAUGCAUGUGAACCUGGCCAACUAAUGGGACAAUGGGACCCCUCCGUCACUUCUUACACGUAUCCAGGAUCACAAUAUGGUGGACUAUAUUGUCAAGAAGAUGGAACUCUAAAGACCCCAUUCAAAAAUAAACCUUAUUGUUACGAGGGUAAAGGGACCGUCUAUGUGCAAAACCAAUGCAGCAAUGACGGUUCUGUGGCCUUUUGCCAAACUGUGUUGCCAGGAAAUGAAGAAAUGUUGAUCCCAACAUUAGUGGCCGAUACAGAGACCUUGGCAGUGCCUGGGCCAGAAUAUUGGGCAUGCACUGCCGCACAUUAUUAUAUCAACCCUCCCGGUGUCACUGUUGAAAACGGUUGUAAAUGGGGAGACCUUUCUCAUCCAUGGGGUAAUUGGGCCCCAUACGUGGCAGGUGCCAAUAUGGAUGCAAGUGGCAAUACUUUUGUCAAAAUUGGUUGGAACCCCGUAUACUUGGAAACUUCGUGCCCAUUUAGAGACAAAACUCCUAGUUUCGGGGUCCGGAUAACUUGUGAUGAUCCGGAUUCCUGUGAAGGAUUGCCAUGCUCAAUUGAUCCAAGCGUAGUUGGUGUCAAUGGGGUAACAAGUGAUACAACUAGCGAGGGUGCCGGUGGCGGAGCAUUCUGUGUAGUUACAGCCAAAAAUUAUUCAAAAGCCAAAAUCGAAGUAUUUGCAAUUGGCUCAGGUGGAGGAGGAGAGGCAGGUGAAACGGCUAAAUCUACAAGUAGUGAUGCAACAGCUCAAAUGAAAAGAGAUGAAACAUAUAAGAUCGGUAAUGUGACUAGCAGUGUCAGUCAUGAGCAUCAAAGAGCAACUAUAACACAUACUGUGUUCAAAACUGUCACAGUGUCAAAAUAA